CCAAGGUAUACCGCCCCAAGCAAUUGUAGGAUCUCACCACAUCAGAAACCCAAAAUGUCGGCAUUACGGAUUCUCGUGCCCGUCAAGCGGGUGAUUGACUUCGCUGUCAAGCCCCGCGUCAACAAGACGCAGACAGCUGUCGAGACUACCGGAGUCAAACACUCCAUGAACCCCUUCGAUGAACUCUCCAUAGAAGAAUCCGUUCGCAUCCGCGAAAAGAAGUCUGCGCCCGGGGGCGUCGAGGACAUCCUCGCCUUCUCCGCCGGCCCAACGAAGGCAUCUGACAUCCUCCGCACCGCCAUGGCCAUGGGCGCCGACCGUUCGUUCCACGUCGAGGUGAAGGAGGGGGAUGACCUCGAGCCCCUCACCGUCGCGAAGCUGCUUGCCAAGGUCGUCAAGGACGAGAACAGGAACCUGGUGUUCCUGGGAAAACAGAGCAUCGACGACGAUUCCAACCAGACGGGACAGAUGCUGGCGGGUCUGCUGGGCUGGAGCCAGGCGACGCAGGCGAGCAAGGUGGAGUUUGAGGCGGAUGACUUUGUGAAGGUUACGAGGGAGGUGGAUGGGGGUGCGGAGACGGUUAGGGCGAAGUUGCCGCUGAUUAUUACGACGGAUUUGAGACUUAACGAGCCGAGAUAUGCGAGCUUGCCGAAUAUCAUGAAGGCGAAGAAGAAACCUCUUGAGAAGAAGAAGCUGGAGGAUUAUGGACUUGAUACUACUAGGAGGUUGAAGACCCUCAAGGUUGUUGAACCCCCGACAAGGCAAGGAGGUGGAAAGGUUGAGGAUGUUGAUGGCAUGAUCUCGAAGAUGAAGGAGCUUGGUGCGCUAUAGAUUUGAUAAAGAGGGUAUAGAUGCCCCUGUAUGUAUUUAGCAUCCGUACCAUGUAUUGAAAUAAAAUAUUUGUAAGAC